AUGGUAUCAAAAGUCUCUAAACUAGCAGGAUUGUCAAGUAUUGAAGUGGCUGUAAUUAAGGAUUGCAUUGACAAUGUGAAGGGUUCAAUAUCCGAGCUCCAAGAUUCUCUAAAUGAGAUGGGCCAACUUAGUGGUUCAGAUGUGGCAUUUCGAGUAGCUAGUGUAAAGACUUGGGUGAGUGCUGCAUUAACGGACGAGACUACAUGCACUGAUGGUUUGAGUGCGAAGAAUGUGAAUAAUGCGAUGGUGAAAAACACGAUUAGCGAGUAUAUAUUGAAUCUUGCCCAGCUGACUAGCAAUGCUUUGGCUCUCAUCAAUGGUCUCAAAUACUAA